UGGAUUUCAAUGAGGGAAAAGGAGUAGAUUUUUUUUGGCCAUGCUAGUGAUGGAUAGAGUCGGUCAGUCCACCAAUUUGAUAAAGAUAGAAAUAUCUCAACAAUUACUGGAUGGCUCGUCAUGAAAUAAUGCACAUAUCCUCUCUCAGUAUGAAUAAACUAUACUGACACUUUUGAUCUCCUGACUUUUUAUCUUGUGCCAACAACAGAUCAAAGUUCAUGUUUCCCAGACACUGCAUCCCCUCUGACCUCCUGACUUUUCCUCCAGUGCCACCAUGAGGUUGACAUUCUUUUGAGUGCAAUAUCUCAACUACUGUUGGACAUUCACGUUGUUUGAAUAAAGAAGUUGAUGAAAGGAGCAAGUCUGUGUGUGGCCCUCCUCCUUCAAGUGGUUAAGAGUUUCAAGGCCACUGCCACCAGGAUACAUUUGAUAGGGUUGAGGUGCUUCUUCAUUUGAUACACAAACUCAUGUCCCCAUCAAGUCAAAACUUUGUCCAAUUAAUACUUUGGUUUAUGACCAAAUACCUGCUAAACUAAUCAGCCUGUACUAAAAUAGUGGCCAUGUUAACAAGGUAAUUCACAUGAGUGAGGACACAUAUUGGGUUUCCAACAAAAAAAGAAGUGACUUUUUAUGUAAUCAUGGACUUCAGAACAACAAAUAUCACCGGUGAUAGCAGUUUAAAGUGUCCUGGCUCUGUGUCCUGUUUGGCUGUAUAAAUAUUGGGGAACCUUUGAACCCCUCCCCCCGUUACUGUGUGGACCACUCCCGGCUACAGCUGACCGACAAUGGCUACGUCUCCCGUCAAAGAGUUCCUGGUUACGCAUUUAAUGCCAGCAAAAUGUUACGAGGAGCUUUUCGUCAACUUUCACUUUCACGUGCCGUGCAUUAAGUUUGUCCUGAACAAAACUGCUGGAUUUUGGAUCCUCCUGGACACAUUUCUGGCGCAGCUACUUCAGCUGUUGAAGAUACUGUGGAGAGGAAGUGCAGAGGGCCUGAGUCUCCCCUCCGUCCUGCUGCAGCUUUAUGCCUUCUCAUGUCCUGUUGUGUAUGCUGUGGCCAACAGCUUCCCACUCUUUGCCUGGGGUGAGAGGCUCUUCACGUUGGCCCAGACAGCAGUGAUUGUCUUCCUCAUCCUGCGUUAUCGUGGUGAAACUCUCAAAGGAGUGCUGUUCCUCUUGACUUACAGUGGUUUAAUGUUCCUCCUGGGCUCCUAUACAGCUGCAGCAGUCAUCUCAGUGAUGCAGCCUUCCGCUCUGGCAGCUUUAAUUGCAAGCAAGGUUCUCCAGGCUGGAACUAACUACUGUAAUGGCCACACGGGACAACUGUCCACUCUGUCUGUGUUCCUAUCGUGCGCAGGGUCUCUGGGUCUUCUCUUUGUUUCUCUGCAGGAGGAAGGAGGCUCUCUCACUACUCUGUCCCACACCCUGUCAGCCUGUCUCGGCUGUGUCCUUCUGGCCCAGGUCCUCUGCUACAAGAGCAGCAGUAAAAAGAAGACUGAGUAAAGGUGACAAUGUUGGCAACAUAUCAAAUCAAAAAUGUAACAGUUUCACAUCAUAUGCAAGUCCUUCGUAUAGUGCAAGAUAUGUUUUGUGAUUCUGUGCCAGAUGUCGUCAUAUCAAUAACUCAAAUAGCAGUAAAUGUUUACAGUCUUUUUGUACACGCUUAAAACAAGUCAUGUGCUUUGUAUCUGUGUAAAUGAGAACUCUCAGCGUUGUGCUGUUUAGUAGCUUUGUGUAUUUUUACAUAUCUUUUGUGCAGUUUCCCAUCAUAGUAAUGAUGAGGGAAUAAAAUGGUUUUAUUUCCCUCUAGUGGUUGAAAUGAGAAUUACUUCACACCUUCACUUGAACCUAACAGUUCAUCUAUUCAGUAACCAGAGGUAGGAACAGUGAGGUAAACAAGUCUACAAACAUUUUUUUUUACAAGAGUUUCAAUAGUCUGUGUAAUUUGUAAUGCAGUAGCAACCCCCAUACAAGCCUUAAAACUGGGGAAGACAUACAGUCACGCAGCAGUUAUGUAUAAACUCAUAAGCUUUCAUCAGAUCAGAUUAAUAUCAUUGAUUAGUUUUCCUCAGUGGUUGAAGGAAAAUCCUGCUCAUGAUGCAUUCAUGAUUUGCUGGUAGCACUUCUGCCAGGAAAAAGUUUGAUUUCAACCGCCUCAACAAAGAGUGAAAUUUAUGAAUGUUGUCAAAGUUGAAUUUUGAAAUUGCAGAAUUGCUAAAUGGAAACGUUAAGUACACCAACUUCAAGUGUUUUUUCAACUUGAUUUUUUAAAGCAUGUCUAUUUAAAACAUUAUUUCCAGAGAAUAUGCUCUUUUCUCAGCAACAUUCUGUUUCUUACUUGCACAUAAAUUCACAAGAAACAUUUACAUGUGGGAACUUCCCAGAACUGGCUCAGGUUUCCGUUCACUGGAGCCUGAAGGUAGUUCAGCUGAAGGUAUUUAGGGAUGAGUAUGAGACAGUAAUUUCCCAGAAUUUUCCUCUUAAUCUGAGGGGUUGAAUGUCACCAUCAACCUUGAAAUUAGUAUCUAUUUAGGGUAAUUAAGGAAGAGCUUCUAUGGUAGUUCCAGUAAAUCAUGUUUAAGACUGAAAAAAAACUUGUUUACCUAAAUAUAGGAUUCAGAAUAUACCUAAACCUGUUGAUAUUUUUACAUUUCUUCUUACCGAUGUUGAGUGUAAGAACCUUUUCAUAAAUGAGCCCCUCUGAGCUUCUCGUAUUUCCAGCACCAUGAACAAAGUGUCCAGUGUUGCUCAGUGAAGUGCACAUGCACCAAUAACACAUUAACCUGAUGGUAAUGAUACUGUGAAUUAUUUUUAGUGAACAUUCCUGUCUGAAAUUCAUAAAAUAAAAUUUUGCCACAAUAUACAGGUGUUUGUAAGUGA